AUGGGUUCUGGUUCUCCUCCGGGCCCGGCCAAGCCGUCGGCCAUUCCGUCCCACAUGCUGAACGGCAGCUCACCCCUCCAAUCGUCCACGGGUGCUGGUGGCGGUACUCGUGUCCGUGAUGCUCGUGAACGGGAGAGUCUCAAUACCUCCAUUCGUUCCUCUUUUGCUCCCCGUGUCCCCGCUGAGUUCGAUUUCGUCGAGGCGAAGUCCGACCCCGCGGGCGAGGUCGCGGGCGAGUCCACUGCCUCCACCGCUGCCACCGAAGCUGGAGCUGCACAUGCUGCCCUGACUCUGCGUGGCCGACUCCCUCUGAAUGACCCUCCCCGCCACCCCCGGGAUGAGGGUGGCCCGUUGACCCCGCCGGCGACGGCAAGCCGCCCCGCCAGCCCCUAUACCAUGAACCCCCCUAUCGACUUUGACGGGCUCAGCUGGCCCUGCCCCGGCACACGGCAGCGGUUGGAAUCGACGCCGGAAGAGAACGAAGCGCGCAUCCAGAAACUUGCGGGGGCAGUCCGGACAAUUCUUGAAUGUGUUGGUGAAGAUCCGGAGCGCGAGGGCCUCCGCGAGACCCCGGAGCGAUAUGCCAAGGCCAUGCUGUACUUCACUAAGGGCUAUGAGGAGAACGUCCGGGAUCUGGUCAAUGGCGCUGUUUUCCACGAGGACCACGACGAGUUGGUUAUCGUGAAGGACAUCGAUGUAUUUUCUCUGUGCGAGCACCACAUGGUGCCUUUUACUGGCAAGAUGCAUAUCGGCUACAUCCCGGAUCGCCGUGUUCUUGGCCUCUCAAAGCUGGCCCGCCUGGCUGAGAUGUUCUCCCGUAGACUUCAGGUUCAGGAGCGCCUGACCAAGCAGGUUGCACUGGCGAUCUCAGAGGUCCUUAAGCCUCGCGGUGUUGGAGUUGUCAUGGAGUCUUCCCACCUGUGCAUGGUCAUGCGAGGUGUUCAAAAGACCGGCAGUACCACCACCACCAGCUGUAUGCUGGGAUGCAUGCGGUCGAGUGCUAAGACCCGCGAGGAGUUCUUGACUCUGCUGAAUCGUCGAUAG